AUGCCGGCAGUUCUCAUCACCGGUGCCACUGGAAACCAGGGAGGCUCGCUGAUCAGAAGCCUCGUGGCCAGAAAAUCUCCUUUGGAAAUCUUGGCCGUCACCCGCAAUUCUCAAUCCCCUUCUGCGCAAAGGUUGACGAAGUUGUCAUCAAACAUCAAACUCGUGGAGGGAAACCUGGAUGAUCCUGCUGCUAUUUUCAAGAGUGCGCGCCAAUUGACGCAGUCGGGGAUUUGGGGAGUCUACAGUGUCCAGACCGCAAUUGGAAAUGGCGCGCUAGAAGAGCGCCAGGGAAAAGCCCUUGUCGACGAAUCGCUGAAGCAGAAAGUCCAAUUCUUCGUGUACAGCUCUGUUGAUCGUGGCGGAGAUGCCUCCUACACCAACGCAACCAAAAUCCCACACUUCAUCAACAAAUACAACAUCGAGCACCAUCUAGUCGAAAAGAGCAAAAACACCGACAUGAAGUGGUUCAUUCUCCGGCCGACGGCUUUCUACGAGAAUAUGGUCCCAGGAUUCAUGGGCAAGGUCUUCGCAACCAGCUACAAGAUGGCACUCAAAGGCAAACCCCUGCAGAUGGUCGCGACUGAAGAUAUCGGGUUCUUCGGAGCCGAGGCAUUCAUGCAUCCUGAGAAGUAUCAGAACCAGAGCCUCUCGCUUGCCGGUGAUGAGUUGACACACGAUCAAUUCGCGCGAAUCUUCCAGCAGAAGACGGGCCAGCCCAUUCCUUCGACUUUUGGAUUUUUGUGUUCUCUCUUCAUGGCUUCCAUGAAGGACUUUGGAUACAUGUUCAAAUGGUUCCAUGAUGAGGGGUACAAGGCAAAUAUCGCCGAGUUGAAAAAGAUCCAUCCUGGUUUGAAAGGUUUCGGCCCAUGGUUGGAACAGGACAGUGGAUUUGCAAAGAAGUGA